AUGGGGAUGCCGCUGAGACACUACCUGGGUACCAUGGCAGCGUCGUUCGGCUCCAUGGCCCUCGGCUCCAUCUGCGUGCACACGUACAUGCAGCCCGAGAUGAACUCGGACAUGGUUGCCUCCGACUUUGAAAAAGAAGCACAAGCGAGGAGAAAUGCCAUCGAGGAAGUGACAAAGCUUGCCAUGGACGAGAGAUUCGGGCCCGCCGUCGACGGCACCGCCUCGAGGACUGGAAAGCUUUCCAAGCUCUCGUGCGAGACUUUGCGAUACCGGAGACUCCAGGCCUCCGAGAUGACGCCUGACUGCGUCUUGACAGUGAGUCUGGACAGUGUAGUUUUCGAACCGUCUAUCUGGCACAUGUUCCAAGACCAAGACGGCGAUGGAAAAGCUGCCAUGUCCUACUAUGUGGGUGCCGAGCCGAGAAAUCCGGUUCAAUGCGAAAAAUUCUGGCGCAAUCGCAUCGAUGCAGAGGAUUGGAACUCCUCUCUGCUCGAAGAGGCGAAGAGGGAGUCGGUGCUGCCCGAGCUGCAGAAGGCAAGAGAGCGCCUGGGCACCGGGCGCUCCCAGCGCGUGGGCACCGCGUGCUCAGGCAUCUCAGCGCGAAGCUCCGUUUCCGGAAUGUCAUGCCGUUCAACGGUGCUUUCCGUCGAGCUCGAGAUCGAGCGGGAGCGCCGGCAGGCCGCGGAAAAGGAGCUCCAAGAGCUGCGGAGAAAGUUGGACAGCAUGAACGGUGCUUCCAGCACUGCUUCUCAUGGACGUGCUAAAUUGCCGGAGUCAUCCAACACGAGCAAGAGCAGGCGUUCCCGCUGA